GAGGAGGCGUUACCAUAGUGACCCGCUCCGUCGGCCUGUCAGAGCCCUGACGUCAUUUCCCCGCGACGCCCGCCACCGACGACACCAGAGAGAGGAGAGCGCCGAGACCCGGAGAGACGGGAGAGGGAUGAGAGGAGGAGCCGCCGGUCUGACAGUACCGAGAGCCUGUGCGGGAGAGUCCGAGAUACCCCCUCCCCCACCGUAUCGCCACGAUGAGGCACACCCCCGUCCAGCGCCAUCUGCCCCCCUUCUCUAGCCACCUGGUGCCCCCGGGCAAACAUAGCGAGCUCUUCCAGCUCAAGGAGAACAACGGCUGGGAGGAGGAUGAAGAGGAGGAGCCGCCUCAGUUCCGCAAAGCAUGCCGGCAGCCGCCCAGACAACGGAGGGGGCGGAGGGUGCGGCUGCGCGUUUUACGCUCCCUGUACCUCCGCCUCUACAACCGGACAGUUGCACUGCCCUUCUCCUGGAAACUUUGGGGUGUGGGGGGAAGACGGAAGCGGGCAGGGAGCCGAAGAAGAGAAGGAGGAGGGGGGAAUGUGGGGGUGGAACUGGGGAAGGCACAACACAGAUUUGCAAGGGAGGAAGAGUCGCUGGCCAAUCAUAUAGCGGAGGCAGAGGAGACAGGUCCUAAUCAUGGGAUCCCCAACGGCUUUUCUCCACUACCAGCAGAACCCGAAAACAUCCUCAUCACCAAUGUCUACAGUAUCAACAAUGAAGACGGCCUGGCUCCAAACGGGCCCCACCAACAAGAAGACUUCACUCCGCCUCUAGAGAAGGAGGUCCCAGCCUUGACUGAAGAGCACGUGGCCUGCGUACAAAGUAUUCUGGACCAGUUCCUCCAAUCGUACGGCAGUUUGAUUCCGCUGGGGACCGAUGAAGUCUUGGAGAAGUUGGAAGACGUGUUCCAACAGCCAUUUAACACACCAACAAGGAGGACGGUGGUCCAGCACGUCAUCCAAUCAUAUCAGAGACUCCCAGGAAACACUCUUCUACGCAGCUUCCGUGUCACAUACAAAAGACACGUAUUAACCAUGGAUGACCUGAGCACCCUUUAUGGCCAGAACUGGCUGAAUGACCAGGUGAUGAACAUGUAUGGGGAUUUAGUCAUGGAUGCCGUACCAGAAAAGGUUCACUUUUUCAACAGUUUUUUCUACGAUAAAUUGAGAACCAAGGGAUAUGACGGAGUGAAGAGGUGGACAAAGAACGUUGAUAUAUUCAGUAAGCAGUUCUUGUUGAUCCCCAUACACCUGGAGGUGCACUGGUCUCUCGUCUGCGUGGACGUCUCUAAACGGACCAUUACUUACUUUGAUUCCCAGCGUACGCUGAACAGGCGCUGCCCGAAGCACAUAGCCAAAUAUCUGCAGGCUGAAGCCGUGAAGAAGGAGCGUGCAGAAUAUGUGGAAGGCUGGAAUGGAUUAUUCAAGAUGAAUGUGGCAAGACAGAAUAACGACAGCGACUGCGGAGCGUUUGUUUUGCAGUACUGCAAGUUCCUGGCACUGGAGCUGCCAUUUUCCUUCGGCCAGCAAGACAUGCCUAAACUGAGGCGCCAGAUGUACAAGGAACUGUGUCAUUGUAAGCUAACCGCGUGAAGAGAAGUAACCAGUAACCCGGCCCGAGCGUCCGGACUGAGCCAGAGUCCCGUGGUAUUAUGACAGAGGGGCUCUCCGUGAUCUCACUGCCCCGCUCUGUGCCCGUACUGUGAGGGGACACCCCCCUCACUGUACACCAAGGCUUUUUCAGCCUCCACUUGUACAUUGUUUUAUG